GUAGUGAGUUUCCCUAUAUGGAAUUUCCUUAAUCAAUUUUCUAAAGGAAAUUAUAUUUUUUUAAACAAAAGAAUUUUGUUCAAAUUUCAGAAAAACAUGGAUUAUCGCAUGUCCAGCAUAUCAACAAUUUCGGAAAUCGAAGACGAUGAAUCUCCUAUAUUUCAUUUAACGUAUACGAACAAGAAAUUCGUAUCUCCGAUAAAAAUUGAAAGCAAAGAUAAGUAUCUUAUAAAAAUUUCUUAUUAAUAAUAAUGAUAAUAUCAUCAAUAUCAUUUGAUCUAAUUUUUUUUUUUUUCCUCUACGGCGCGAGAUAUCGAUCUGUAUAUUAGAUGCACUGAAUUCUACGAUGCAAAAGUAUAAUACCAUCACGGUAUUAAAGUAAAUCAAAUGAUCAUUUCCUUUUUUCAUUACAUGCUUAAAAACAAAAAAAAAUAAACAUUUUUAUCGUGAUUUAUUAUCCUUCAAGAUUACCGAAUUGUAAAAUAAACGCAUUCGGCAUCAUGCAAAUUGCGGGAAUGAUAAUAAAUAUAAAAUGCAUCAAGGAUUUAAAUUUAGAUAUGAAUCCGAAUACGCAAGAAAAUUAUCAUUUGCUCUGCACACCUGGAGGAAGUUUGAAGUAUCUGUCUUUGAGACUUUGUGAAAUAAGUGAUAAUGGAAUGAAGAAGAUUGCAAAAGAAUUAGAAUAUCAUGAUCCUCCGGAUAAUCCUAAGUUAACUAUUUUAAAUUUGGCACAUAAUCAUAUAACGAAAAAUGGAGCAGGUCAUAUAGGAAAUAUGCUUCGAACGAACAGAAAAAUCAUCUUCAAACUGGAAGAAGUAUAUUAAGGCAAGCAGAAGUUAUAUAUUUUAUGAAUAAUUAUUUAAAAUCAUUAAAAAUUUUUGUAAAUAAACAUUAAUGUAAAUAAAUGUAAAUGUAAAUGUAAAUGUAUAUGUAAAAAAUAUAAAAUAUAAAUAAAGACACCAGACCUGUGAACAAUCCGUAGUUUUUAUUUAUUUCCCAAUCCCAAAAUCCCUAAAUUUUUCCAAUUUUUUGGCAUCAUUUCCAAGAAUUGCCGAAAUUCUCGAAUGACUUCUUAUCAACUUAUAUUCUCCCGUUAAAAAAUCGA